AUGUCUGAAGCCUCGCUGAUGCCUUCCCAGCGCUCUCAGAGCAGCUUCACCCCGAAGCAGAUCGCUGAGUUUUACUUCAAGCCUUACCUGACGGAGGAUGGGGACCCGACUGGUCUUCAGGUGUGUAAGGCCUGCGGCAAGACCCGCAAGCACGUCCCCAGGACGGGUUACACGAACUUGGUGUCUCACGUGAAGGCGGCACACCCCCGGUUUGAGCUGGAGAUGGAAGACGCCAGCAUCGCCGCCACGGGAUCAUUGCUCCCGUGGGUUCGCCAGAAGGCAUCGAACCGGUAUGCCUGGCUCGAGUGGGUUAUCAGUGCAAACCUCCCUCUUUCAUUUGUUGAAAUGGAGUCCACUAGAAGGUACACCAAGUUACCCCCGGUGUGUCGCAAUACACUGCGGGCCAACAUGGAAGGUGUCACCAAGGCGGUGGAGAUCAAGAUCGGCAACGAGAUGCCCGACAAGUUCGGGCUGCUGCUGGACGGGUGGACGCACGGCACGGAGCAUUACCUCGGUGUCUUUGCGUGCUACGAGACGCCCUCCGGUCCGCAGUACCCUCUGCUCUCCCUGGCUCCGAUUGUGGUCGAUGCAGCCGGCAGGUUUGACGCCGAGACGCACAUGGCUGCGCUUGCUGCUUUUCUACCCUAUUUUGGCAAGGACCUGUCUAACUGCAUAUUUUUGGUUGGAGACAACUGUGCAGUCAACAAGCGCCUCGCUCGGCUCAUGGGAAUCCCGCUGGUCGGCUGUGCCAGCCACCGGCUCAACCUCGCCGUUCGGACACUGCUCGAGCCGCACGAAGCCGAUCUGGAGCAAGUCCAGUCUCUGAUGAAGCGUCUUCGUACUCUGACUCAAGCUGCCAAGCUGCGGUUGAAGACGUCUCUCAAGCCGAAACUGCGUCAGGAGACGAGAUGGGGUUCGACCUACGCCAUGCUCGCGCGCUACUUCGCUUUGCGCGAGUUUAUCAGCGCGGAUGACGAGGAUCUUGCCGACUUGAUGCCGUCGCCGGCUGCGAACCGGCGAUUGAAGGCGCUCUUGCUUGAGUUAGCAGACGUAGAAUCGGUGUCGAUGAAGUUGCAAUCCGAGGAUCUCAACCUCUUGGAUGCACGCGACUUGCUCGAUGGCCUGCUGGAAUUUGAAAGCGCCGUGAUUAAAGUCCUGGGAGGUCGAGCGAAGCUGCUCUCGCGUGCUGAAAAGGCUGCGCUAAAGCCGUUUGAACGUAAGACGGCCGAAGCCGCCGAUGUGACCGAGAAGACGGCCAAGGUGGGGUUUGCGGACAGGAUUUUGAAGCGCAGGAAGGUGCAAGAAGACAAGAGCGCCUACAGUCAGCUAAACGCGAUUCCGCCGACGUCGAAUGCAGCUGAGCGGCUGUUCAGCAUGGCGCGUAUGGUGCUGAGGUACGAGCGAAACCGGUUGUCGCCUCUCAUGCUAGAGAUGUUGCUGUUCUUGAAGUUGAACAGCAAGUACUGGGACGUCACAAUGGUUGACGCAGUUAUCUAGGAAAACAC